AUUUCAAACACCACAACAUUCAUGACCAUGGAGGAACCUGAACUGACUCCCGAAGAACGCCUCUCACUCAAACUCGACAGCGUCGCCUGCGCAGCCGCCGAAUCCUUCAUCGACGCUUACUACGAAACCCUUAAGACGAAUCGCAACGGCAUCGGGGCCUUCUACUGUCCAAGGGCUGUCGCACCCGAUGGCGUCGCUACCCCAUCGAUUGUCUGGAAUGGCGAAACCUAUGAAGACGGCGACGCGCUGCAGCAUUUCUUUCAAGGUGUAACGUACACGCAUUUCCAAAUCGAGGACCUAGACGCGAAUACUCUCAACCCGACGUUUCUGCCGGCGAACGAUAUCCAGGGGGGGUCUUGCAACGCUAGUAACGAUCUAGAGAGGAGGAUGUCAUUUAUAGUCGUGGUAACAGGGUCGGUUCGGCUGGAGGAACAAUUGAAGGGUCCGUUGCGAGAGUUUGCGGAGAGCUUUGUGCUGGUGCCGAAUCCCGCAAAACUCGCUUUGUCGCCGGGACAGACAAGCAAGCAUAUACCGUUUGAGGGAGGAUGGGACAAGCAGUGGUUGAUACAGACUCAGAACUUCACCUUCACAGAGUGGGCGCAGGAUGAGCUGGGCGACUUUGUGAGAGACGCGCCGACGCAGCCGGUAUCGGGGAAGGCUGGAGGUGGAGGGAAGCCGGUGUUCGGGCGCAACAGGGGCCCGUUCAACGCCUUUGCUGCUGCUGGUCUGUUGGGGAAGGGGAAGGGGAAAGCACUUGCGUGAUCAUGUGCCGCUGAGGAUCGAGAAACAAGGAUUGGCUAAGUGGCCACAAGUUUGGGUGAUAUUAGGUACGUCGAGGUUGGAUUGGAUAUACGUUUGUCCAUGACGCUUUUAAUGUUUGGUUCGUGAAAUUGGUCAACUUCUACGGGCGGAAACUAAUCAAAUGAGCCCUUCGAUAUUUGCUCCGCUACUUUAAAUAACUGAAGACCUAGGCGUACUUCACUUCUUAGUGUCGCUCGCCAUUGUCUCUUUUACACCGCCUACCUACUGUUCACAAAACGGCGGAGAUGCUUCCUGGCUGGCUAGAUCAAACUUUCUAC